GAGACGAGUGAGCAGGAAAGUAUAGGAAUGGAGAGGAAGCAGGACAGGAGGCCCUGCAACAUUUUCAACAAGCUGCGUUUAGAGAAGGAACUGUGUGAUGUUCUCCUGAAAGUCGCCGAUGCUGAGUUUGAUGCACAUAAGAUCAUCCUCUGCGGCUGCAGCCCUUACUUCAGGGCUCUCUUCACUCAUGGCUUGUAUCCUCCAGACAAAUUUGAGUACACCAUCCCUGGUGUCUCAUCAGAGGUAACAGAGUUGAUCAUGGAGUAUGUGUAUUUAAAGCGAGUUAAAAUCACAGAAAAAAAUGUGUGUGAGCUGCUUAUCGCUGCUGAUUAUCUAGCGAUGGACAGCCUGGUAAACAAGUGCUCUGUGUUCCUGAAGGCUCAGCUGUGCCAGAAGAACUGUAUAGGUAUUUGGCGGUUAGCUCGCUUUUGCUUCUGCAUGAAGCUGCAGCAGCAGACCUUGCAGUUUAUACUGUACAACUUCGAGAAGGUGCUGAGUGUCUCUGAAGAGUUUCUGGACCUCACGGUUGAGGAGCUUUGUGAGAUCACAGAGAAAAAUGAGCUGAAUGUAAAACAUGAGAAGGUAGUGUUUGAGGCCAUCAUGCUAUGGAUUAAACAUGCACCCCUGGAGCGAGAAAAACACAUUGGUCUCUUACUGGCCAACGUGCGUUUGGGGCUACUGACACACGACUACUUUAUAGAUAAAGUAAAGAACAACAAUUUAGUGGCAGGUGACAUAAAAUCUAGAUGGAUCGUUUACAGUGUUCUGCUGAACAUCCAUGGCCUCAACCAAGACGAGUUUCUCAGCUCUGAUCUCGCUCGGCCGCGCAUGCCCAGCGCUGUUCUAGUGGCUAUCGGGGGAUGGUGCCGUGAAGUUCCCACCAAUGCCGUAGAGGUGUAUGAUCCACGAGCAAAGCACUGGGUCAAUGUAACUCUCUGCAGUGAGGAUCCACGAGCCUAUCAUGGGACAGUGUUCCUCAAUGGCUUCCUGUACUGCAUCGGAGGAUACGACGGUGUGAAUUACUUCAACAGCGUGCGUAGGUUCGACCCUAUUACCAGAGUGUGGACUGAAGUGGGCCCCAUGCACUCUUGUCGGUGUUACGUGAGUGCGUGUGUACUGGAUGACCGUAUCUAUGCAAUGGGAGGAUUCAGUGGCAUGCAACGGUUUGACACAGCUGAGAGAUACAAUCCUAAGAACAAUCAAUGGAGUAUGAUAGCACCGAUGCACGAAUGCAGGAGCGAUGCUAGUGCAACAGUGCUAAACGGCAAAGUGUUCAUAUGUGGAGGGCUUGAUGGGUAUGAGUGUUUAUUCACAGCGGAGUAUUACAAUCCUCAGACUAACCAGUGGACUCUCCUUCCCCACAUGACAAGCAGAAGGAGUGGACUUGGUGUGGUUGCAUAUGGCGGACAAGUUUAUGCAAUUGGGGGAUAUGAUGGUAUGAGUCGUCUAAGAAGUGCAGAGGCGUAUAAUCCUCAGACACAUUCAUGGAGAAAUGUUCCAGACAUGAUCAAUCAGCGCAGUAACUUUGGCAUUGAGGUGCUGGAUGAUCUCCUGUUCGUUGUUGGAGGAUAUAAUGGGUUUACCACCACCAAUAAUGUGGAGUGUUAUGAUGAAGAAACUGAUGAAUGGUAUAGAGUAAAAGACAUGGGUGUGUUCCGCAGUGCUCUGGGCUGCUGUGUUUUGUCUGGUUUACCCAACAUGGUUGAUUACACUGCACCCCAAGACCUUCUCUAUGAAGACCUGUAG